CAGGCAGCGUCUUGCCUUAGUAAAAGCGGAGAUUGAGAUCCCCCUCAGCAGCAUCCAUUUAAGCAUCAGUGUUACACUGGUCAAAUCAGCCACAUCUUCCCCGGGACCGACCACUCCUCACUGGGAUGUCGUCGUCGAGCUACGGCACGCAUUUAGUCGUGCGAACCGAUGAUAGAGGAGACUCUUCCGUUGGAUUCUUUUGACUGGAAGGGAGCGGAGCAGCGAUGGUUGAAGGCAGGAGGAGACAAAUAAAAUUCUGAUAAUCGCUGAGGUUUAGCUGGCUAGCACGCUAACGUUAGCCAUCCCUCAGAUGGUCGUUGGUUGUUUUUUUUCCCUCUCCCCGUUUACUGACCGAUGUGGUGUUUUCCUCCGUGAAUAAACACUCCAUCAUUUCUUUUUAUAUGGAUGUCGAGACAUGCUGGAGCCAAUGAGGACAUUUAUCUCAAGGAUAAAAGCACCGUAGCUAUCUACUAGCCUCCCAGCGUUAGAGCUAGUUAGCUCAAAUCCAUCAUUAUUAUUUUUUAUUUCUCGUUUAUUCCAUCUCCGUGAAGAACAAGAUGCUGGCAGAGGAAGAGUGUGCCUAACGGUGAACCUGAACUCGCAUGUACACAGACUCCAUGAAGGUCAUGAUACCGAGAGAAUGAUCAUGCUGGAAAAACAGAGCUCGACGCAGGAGAUUGGCGAGGAGGCCGAGGACGACGCCAUCUUCACCAUCACGCUAAGGAAGGUGCAGCUUCACCAGUCGGCCAGUAAGGGGCAGCGAUGGCUGGGCGUGGAGACGGACUCGGCCCUGAGCCUUUACGAGACCUGCAAGGUGCGGACCAUUAAGGCCGGCACGCUGGAGAGGCUGGUGGAGUACAUGGUGUCGGCGUUCAGGGGCAAAGACUCCACCUACGUCACCAUCUUCCUCUGCACCUACCGCUCCUUCGCCAGCACCAAGCAGGUCCUGGAUCUCCUGCUCCACAGGUAUGCCAAGCUCCAAAACGUCCCCGCAGCCACAGCACACAGAGUCUCCCAGGACGACAGCACCGAGCUGAGAAACACUGUUUCGUCCAUCCUGGGCGCGUGGCUGGACCAGUACUCUGAGGACUUCUGGAGCCCUCCGAACUACGACUGUCUGCACCAGCUCAUGUCCUACCUCCACCGCCACUUCCCCGGCUCGGACCUGGAGCGCCGCGCCCGCAACCUGCUGGCCCACUUUCACCGCCGACAGCAGUGUGAGCCUGAUCCUGAUGGUAUGAAGGCAGGACAGGAGAGGGACAACAACAGGGCAGGGACUCCAGAAAAAGGGGGGGAACACAUCGGCUGCCCUUUUGCUACGCAGGAAGAGAGUGGCUUUGAGGACGAGCUUCCUGCUUUCAGUUUCCUGUCGUUUGACCCCAUCAUGGUGGCAGAGCAGUUCACGCUCAUGGACGCGGAUCUGUUUAAGAAGGUGGUGCCGUACCACUGCCUGGGGGGGAUCUGGUCUCAGCGGGACAAGAAGGGGAAGGAGCACCUGGCUCCCACCAUCAGAGCCACUGUGGCCCAGUUCAACUCCGUCACUAACUGUGUCAUCACCACCUGCCUGAGCAACCCUGCGCUGAAGCCCAACCAGAGAGCCAGGCUGCUGGAGAGGUGGAUAGACGUGGCCCGGGAGUGUCGGAUCCUGAAGAACUUCUCCUCGUUGCGAGCCAUCCUCUCCGCCCUGCAGUGCAACGCCAUCCACCGCCUGAAGAGGACCUGGGAGGAAGUGUCAAGGGAGAGUUUCCGCACCUUCCGCGAGCUGUCCGAGAUCUUCUCAGACGACAACAACUACUCCCUCAGCCGAGAGCUGCUGGUGAAGGAGGGCACCUCCAAGUUCGCCACUUUGGAAAUCAACCCUAAACGAGCCCAGAGGAGACACCAGCAGCAGAGAGACCUGGGAGUGAUGCAGGGGACGAUUCCUUACCUGGGGACCUUCCUGACGGACCUGGUGAUGAUGGACACUGCCAUGAAGGAUUACACCGAGGGUGGUCUGAUCAACUUUGAGAAGAGAAGAAAGGAGUUUGAGGUGAUUGCUCAGAUCAAACUGCUCCAGUUGGCCUCCAACAACUACAGUUUUACUCAGGACAGCCACUUCAGGGAGUGGUUCGCAGGCGUGGAGAAACUCAGCGAGGCAGAGAGCUACAAUCUGUCCUGUGAGAUCGAGCCUCUGUCAGAGUCGGCCAGCAACACGCUCCGAGCCAAGAAGAACGGAGGAAUCAUGAAGCGCUGGAGCGACCGGCAGUUGACGGAGGCCGGCUGCAGCGGCGGCCCAGGCUCUCAUUCAAAGUCCUUCGACCACUCGCACUGCAGACCAUACCAAGGAGGCGGGGGGGACAGCGGCGACGCUCUCAGUGUCACCUCCGUCAGCUCUAGUGGUUCAGACCUGGAGGACGUGAACGCCAGCUUCCUGUCCGACUCUCCGGAGGGACACGAGAGAAAGGUGAGGAAGAAAGACGGGAUAGAGAAGUCACUGCAAACAUGUACCAAAACGUCAACUCCUUCAGUGAAACUAACCGUCUCUGCCUUGGGGAGAGAAGCUUCGGCAGCAGAUACAACGUCAACGUUCUGGGAGUGCACGUCUCUGUCGUCUCUGGACGCCUCUGGGACGGGCUCCAGCUCCGGUUCGGCCUCGGGCUCCAGCAGCGCCUCCUCCUCCUCCGUCUCCUCCUCCACGCCGCUGUCCGCCUCCCGCUCACACAAACGCUCGGUGUCUGCGGUGUCCAACUAUUCGACUCUGUCGCUGCCGCUGUACAACCAGCAGGUGGACGACUGCUGCAUCAUCAGGGUCAGCCUGGACGUGGAGAACGGCAACAUGUACAAGAGCAUCCUGGUGACGAGUCAAGACAAGACUCCAGUCGUCAUCAGGAAGGCGAUGAUCAAACACAACCUGGAGCGAGAGAAGACGGAGGAAUACGAGCUGAUGCAGAAAAUCUCUGAGGACAAAGAGCUUCGGAUCCCGGACAACGCUAACGUUUUCUACGCCAUGAACUCCACUGCCAACUACGACUUUGUGCUGAAGAAGCGCGGCUUGGCCCGGCCAAUGCGGGCCAAGAACGUGGCCAGCUCCACGCUUCCUCGCAUGAAACAGAAGGGACUGAAAAUCGCUAAAGGGAUUUUCUGAGGAGAAAACUCACCACUUCCUGCCUCCCCUCCAACCCCCUUAUCCCUCUCUGGUCUCCACUCCUCAGAAGAAACAUUUGUGUUCGGGUCUGUAUGGAGGGGGGGAAACUAACCUCAAGUAUCGGACUUUUGGUUUGGACAAAGACUGAGACGCCAGAGGAGAUAAAUGACCAAGUAACCUUUUCUGCGGAUUAGCAGAAAGCAGAGGAGCACCUUAGCACUUAGGAACGGCUGUCGCGUCACCAGGACCCUCCGAGGACUUUAAAAAGGCAAAGUGUGUGGCGGGAAAACGCCCGGGUAGAAGCUGUUUCCACGAAGGCUGCAGGUUCAUGACAACAGAAGGACACAUUUGUGGGAGCAGCGGCGUUGGUAUGGGGGCGCCGCGGCCCGGUGGCUGAACCGGUCCAACUCUCCGCCAGCCUCCGCUCGCUCCGAAAUGUCCCAAAACGCGUUGUGUCGGCUCGUGGAGACGCAGAUCCAUUUCACUUCUUGGUCCAUUACUUUUUUUGUUUUGUUUACAACUGUUUACAUUUUAACUCGGUCAGCUCUUAAAGAUUUUUGUUCAAGCAUCUUUGCACCUUCGAUGAAACUAAUUUUGAAAACGCCAGAUUUCCUUGGCAGCAUUCAUCCCCCGUACUUCAGCCUUCAUGCCCCCCCCUCCCCCGGCAUGGAGUGUACAUACAAGAACAACACGAAGCCGCAGCGAGUAAACGCAGAUGUGUGCAACAGUUGGGUGUCUCGAAUGUGUUAUGAUUUGUUUUCAGGGAACUUUUGCUGCGAGCGUACCGCCGCCUUCACCUUCUGCCCCCCCCCCCCGGGGGGAGGGGCGGGGGGUCCUGACAGUGUUUCUGGGACUGCGAGCACUGAACUCUCCGCUCCGCGGGCGCUGGGACUCAUUUCAGCAUUUUAACACCAGCGGCGCUGAUGUGGACGGAUCUGAACUCUUUAAGCUUCUGAACGCUGCCAUGUUAAUAAAAAAAAACAAAAACAAACAAAAGGUCAAGUAGCCUGAAAUGGAAACACGGUGUCAAAAUGCAGUGGGCACAGCCAUGAAUCACAUGCCACUGUUUUCUUUUCUUUUUUUAUGAAUGAAUCGUAACCACUACACGGUGAAGGAUGUGGCGGUCCUUUCUGAUAACUCUUGACUGGGACACAAAACGUUCCUGAGGGAAGAACAAGUGAGCUGAAAACAAACAACGGAGUGUAAAUAUCAUUUAACACCAACUGUGCAGUAUAUUCCUUUGAAACGGACCAUGAGGUUUUUUUAAUAGACUCGUCACGAUAUCGACAUGUUACUAUCAUUUUGCUUUGUAAAUUUUUUUAUUUUUUUAUUAUUUUUUUUUUGCAUCUCUCUGCUCUGACAUGGUGCUGCUAAUUAUCCUCAUCGCUUCACUGCUUUCUCUCCUUCCCUCCGCCGGCCGCCAUGUUGGAAAGACGACAGAAACCCUCUCUCCUGCUGAGUGAGACCUUUUUGAAUGUCGGGUUCGCCGUUUUCAGAAAAUUCAGUUUAAUCUUACGAUUAAGAGUGGAAGCCCAUUUCUACCAGGAGAAGAAAAGAAAAGUUAGAAAUUAAUAUUAUAUUAUAAAUUAUAUUCAUUAAUAAUUCAUUAUUUAAAAUAAAUCUACUCAUGACAACUCAAAAUGAUGAGAUAUAAAUUAAACAGUUUGACUAGGUACUUGUUAUCGAUUCGUCAGCCGAUCAUUUUCUUGAUUAGUCUUUGUCAGAAAAGUGCCUUCAAUAAACAUAUGUCACAUAAAACGGAGAAAAUGUUCUCAUGUGAAGCACUAAAAAAGGGAUCUUUACUAUUUUUAAUUUAAUUUUUUUUAUUGCAACCGCAAAGUGAUAUUUUGGUUUAACCCUGGACCCUACUAUUGCAUGUGAAGGAGAAAUAGACUGUGUUUUUGGUGGUUUAGUUCUUCCAACAUGGCGGCUCAUCCUUCAUAUCCAUCAGAAACCACUUUUCAGACUGUGCCAUGACAGGCUUAUGUGUUGCAGAACUACUCAUUUAUCCUGCAGGACGGUUUCAUGCGGUGUGUUGUGGUUUACAUGCCGGUGAUGGCAGCCGAGUCUUUCUCUCUCUCUCUCUCUCUCUCUCUCUCUCUCUCUCUCUCUCUUACAGAAAGUGUGGAAAAGAUUUUGGAAAACCUGUCAAAAUACAGAAAAGCUCCUUAAAUCACAGUGCGUAGGAGCCCAGAUGUCUAUGAUCUGUUUUUUUUAAAGGAAAAAUCCAACCUAAAACAUCAUACCACUUUUUAAAAAGCAGUUUUUGGUGAUGCACUUUCCAUUUUUUAGGGUCCAUCCUUCUGUUAUUCCCACGGACACAAAGUUACAUUUCUAACAGCUACAAAACUUCAUUUUUAAAGCACUUCUUUUUUGGGAUUGUGCACAGUUCCUCUCUGCACAGUCAGUGCUAAGUGAUCUGUUUUAUUGACCGUUAGCUAAGCCCCUUAGUACAUGUGCAGUUUACAAUGAUGGUGGCAGAUUUAUCAUCACAAUCCUUAGUUAUUUCUGAAAAAUUGGGUGUCCUUGAUUUUAGACAAAAGCAGCUUCUCAUUUCAGGCCGGUGGCUGUAGAUUUUGCCGCUUGAAAUAACAGCUGUCGCUAACAGAUUUAGUCAGCCAUAGUUUGACCUUUAAAUGUUUCCAACUGACUCGAUUUAAAAGGAAAACGCUGGAAAAGGGCUCUUUAAUGUGCACUCAUGCUUCAUACAUGAUAUCAGGCUCAAGGCCUGAGGCUAAAAGUCAACAUCCUCAGACAUGGAAAUAAAUAAACAGCUUAAUAUUAAAAGAAGUUGAUCCUUGUAUUAUAAGUAUGAGGAGUAAUGUAAUGCAUAUCUUCGGUUUGGCUGCUUAGAUUACAUUCUUUUCACAUCUUUAUGCUUUAAAGAUGAGGAUCUACUCAAUAUGUCUGACAAAUGUAACGCUGUCUUUGGGAACAUUGGCUGAAAAGUUAACAUAACCUGUAAUCUCACGCACUUUGGCCCUGGCAGUAACGCUCGGUUAGUACUGAAGGUUAUGAGAAAGUUAGCCGGACAUGCUAAUGACAUGCAGCUUAUGUUAUAGCACAUAAACAUGUUGCUGAGCAUCCUGGGAAAUCACUAAUUAAGGGACAGUGGGUUCACCAAAAACACUUCAUGACUAAAUAUCAAAGGUUGGAUUUUUCCUGAGUUGUUUAUAUCACUGCAACAAAAUACUACAUUGGCCUGGAUUGCACUGCAACCAUGUAUUGCCUUUUUUUUUUUUUUUUCACCUGCAUGAAGUUCAUAAUUCUCUUAACGAUCAAAUGAAUGAAGCGCCUGCGAAAAGCAAUAUGGUGACGAGCGUCAGGAGGCACGUAGUCUGGCUGUCGUGGAUGUUGUUGGUGCCAGUUUGGCGUGAAAUCCUUCGAUGUUGAACACUGUGACCUUUGACCCUUUUCACUCCGCCCUCUCUGCGCCUGUUGAUCGGCGCGUCGUGUCGAGCACUGUGAACUUAUAUCUUGUUUCCCCCUUAAUGGCUCAUUUUGUUAGCGAGCAGCAAAGGCGUCGGGCUUGACCCUCCAUGUGCCAAAAAAUAACAAGGAAAGAGAGAAAAAGGUUGCUUUUUACAGACAAGUCCUCUGCCUUUCACAGUGAGAAGAAGAAAAAAAAGUUUGUAUGUUUACUGUUGUCACAUUUUUCUGGAAAAAAAAAAGGGCGAGAACACUGAUGUCUGGACCCAUUUCCCUGUGAAGAAUUAGACUCGUCCAAGAAACUUGAAGCAAAGGUGUUUGUCCGGAGCUGCAGAUGAAGCUGCCCCCCCCCACACGCUCACGAACAAAUCCUCCUUGUGUUUUAAUGUCUCCUUUAACAUCUUUCAGGGUCAAACCGCUGCCCAAUUUGCAAAUAUUCAAAAGUCUGCUGUCAAAAUCAGCAGCUUUUAACCAUAAACCAGGUUUUCAUUCCAACCGCGCUCUACAGCCGAGAUAUGUUCAACACACUUGUGGUUGAAUUAUAUGAAGGAAACAACUAGUCUCCCUCCCUCUUUAUUAACAACGUUGUGGGACCGAAACGGUAACAAAGUGAAUACAUGUCACGAGUGUUUGCUCCUGCACACCUCAUCAGGAAGACUUUACGGUGUGUAGGAACUCGAGCAUUACUCUAUGGAUUUCCUCCAAUUGGUGCUUUAACAUUUCACACCGGACUUUGAGAAGUUUUCUUUUUGGCCAAGUUUCAG